AUUUUGGCAAAAAUACACAUCUAAGGUCCACGAUAUCUUCUAUCCUAGUAGAUACACUGAUAAAAAUGACUCAUUCUGGAAUCACCAUUAAAAGACUCGACCACCUUGUCCUCACGGUGGCGGACGUUGCCAAGACUGUCCAGUUUUAUACCAAUGUGCUGGGGAUGGAGGAAGUCACCUUUAAGAGUACAAGAAAAGCCCUAAAAUUUGGAGAACAGAAGAUUAAUUUGCACGAGGCCGGGAAGGAAUUUGAGCCUAAAGCGAACGUCCCUACUCCAGGAUCUGCGGACAUUUGUCUUAUAGCACACAACCACAGCAUCGAGGACAUUAUUAAUUACCUGAAGGCCUGUGGUGUGUCUAUAGAAGAAGGCCCAGUAGAGAGGACAGGAGCCCUGGGAGCCAUUCAGUCUGUCUAUUUUCGCGACCCCGACAAGAACCUGAUAGAAGUUUCUAUCUACUGA